AUGCAUAAUCUCGACAUGACGACGUUGGCGCGGUGGCGGGCGGCGCAGGAGGGCGGCUCUGCUACGCCCCAGGCGCGGCGCCCGUACCUGGCGUCUGACUGCUCUGAUCUGCGCCAGGCCGACCGCUGGCGGAACCAAGUCAUCUCUGAAGUCGCCAGAAAAGUUGCCCAAAUCCAAAAUGCUGGCUUGGGUGAAUUUCGCAUACGUGACCUCAAUGACGAGAUAAACAAACUCCUGAGGGAGAAGGGCCACUGGGAGGCCCGCAUCAGAGAGCUGGGCGGCCCAGACUACAGCAUAUCUGGGCCCAAACUGUUCGGUGCCGAUGGUCAGGAAAUACCAGGCAACAGAGGUUACAUGUACUUCGGAGCGGCCAAGGAGCUGCCGGGCGUACGGGAACUGUUCGAACAAGAACCUGCGGCGCCUCCACGACGCACGCGCGCGGACCUCAUGAAGCACAUCGACGCGGACUACUACGGCUACAGGGACGACGACGACGGCGUACUCGCGCCCCUGGAGCAGCAGGUGCAGCAGCGAGCCGUGAAGCAACUCGUCCUGAACUAUCGACGGAAGCGAUUCCGUGAGGCAAACAAGGCGGGCAAGGAAUUGGACGAGAACGGAGAUGAAAACAAACGAGUGGAGGAUGAGGAAACAGAAGAGAAAGAAGAAGAUGACGAAGAAAUCGAAUAUGAUGAUGAAGUUCAAGAAGGCGACCUGACUGAAAAGUUUGCGGAGGACGACGAGCGCGCCGCGGUGCUCCGCUACAUGGCGCACGUGCCCAACAUUCCAAGCCAGCAAGAGAUGGAAGACGCGCUACUGGAGCGCAAGAAGAAAGAUAUCCUGCACAGACUUCUUGGGGACUCCUUAUGAGGACUUAUUGUGCUAAUAGAUCAAGGACCUUAGCAUUUAUAAAGAAAGAUAUCUUGCACAGACUUCUUGGGGACUCCUUAUGAGGGCGAUAUUCGGGGCGGGUAUUGCGCUAAUUAGCAGAUAUAUGAUUAAAUAUCUAUUGACCGAUCAAGAUGAAUGCUCGUGAAGAUUGUUCUGCUAUCGUUGCACCGGCCGUUAAAGUUUCAAUUAACAUUUAAACUAAAACUGGUAUUGGUUGUGUUGUUAAAUGCCUCGAGUAUCUAACGCCGAAUUCUUAGAAGACGUAGCUGACGCAAUGAAGUAUCAUAGGUUACGCUUUGAUAUUUGGAUUUUAAUCCUGUUUUUGUUUACGUUAGUCAAUAGCCAUCUUAAGGCUUUAAUUACAUGCCACAAAUACA